GAGGUCAGGAGCAAUAGGAGGCAAGCAUGCAAGACGAAGGGAAAACAAGCGUUUCUUCACAGAGAGUGACACUGAAAGGAAAGAGAAAAUUCAGCUGGGAGGGAACUUUUGUUCCAACAUAAUUCCCUGCAGGGUUGCCAAGGUCUUUCAAGUUGGAGUUCUCUUUCUCUAGUCUGUUAAUCCACGGCUCGGUGCAGAAAAUAACAUGGGAAACAACUUUCUCACAUGGAUUCUUUUGCUUUGCACAUUUUGUUCAGUGUCAGGUGAAGGCUGCUCCCUAAUCCUCAAGCCAUCCAGGGUCGUGGUGGGCUUUGGGGAGUCAGUGUCUGUCAGCUGCGAGGCUGCACGCCCUGUCCGUGUCCUGGGCUGGGAGUCAGCCAUCAGUGCUUCACAUACACAAGAGGACCGGUCUGUCCAGUGGAAGGUGGACAGUCUCAUUGACUGGAUAGAGGAGCCCAUCUGUUAUGGGGUGUUUUUCACAGCUCCGAAACAAUGCGAGGAGAAGCUCAACCUCGUGCUCUACAAAACUCCAGACAGUGUCUCCAUCAGACAGGUGAACCACACCGGCCCCAUGGUGGCAGGGAAAGAGUACCAGCUGCUCUGCGAAGUUCAGAAUAUUGCUCCCGUUCAGUAUCUCAGCCUGAGGUGGUACAGAGGGCAGACUGAGGUUUAUAACCACUCCUUCUCUGAUCUCACCUCUUCCUCACCUGUCCAAGUAUCCUCUAUCCUUGUUAUCACACCAACUAAAGCUGAGAACGGAGUGCAGUAUAAGUGUGUUGCAGAGCUGGAGCUUGGGCCAGAGGGACCACAGCCACCUCCCACUGUUUCCUCAGAACCUCUCAAUGCUUCUGUUUAUUUUCCCCCGACAUUCCUGAGUCCUGAACCAGAGAUUUUGGAUUCUAUACUGGGGGGUGAGAUCAUAUUAAACUGCACUGCAACAGGAAACCCCACCCCAAUAUACAGCUGGCAAUCUUCCGUUCCCAUGCAGGAGAGGGUGGAGAAUGAAGCAACUGUUACCUCCUCCUCGCUGCUCCCAGGGACCUACACCUGCACUGCAUCCAAUACACUGGAAAAGAAAAGCAAGCAGUUCAUUGUCAAGGCAAAGACCAAAGGCGUUUGAAACAACCACUGUGGAGAGGGGGUUGGACGACCACAUCAGAAACACAGCGAGAAGUUUAUCUUUUUUACAGUUUUUAUUUCUGGUGUUUUUGUUUUUUUACUUUCACAUUUGCUACUCUGGCGAUGGAGGUGCAUAUUUAUGAGACGAUCUUCUUAUCAUCCAGAAUUAGUUCACACAGAGAAACAGACCUGAAUAUGCUGUGCUUGGUAAUUACCAUUUAAUUUGUCAGUGUUGUUUUAGGAUGUAGUUCACAUUUUAUGAGACAUUCUGUGUCUAAUUUAUAUUUGGAUAGGCCCUUUUUUCCUAUUAAUGAAACUAUCUUGUAACACUACAGAAGUGUAGCUACUCAUCAUAGCAGUAUGACUAGCACCAGGACAUGGCUGUAAAUAUGACGUCUUUGUUUUCUCAUCUUUAUCAAUACAAGUUUAAUAAAUGAAUUGUAAUAAACUUCUUUCAUGGA